AUAAUUUGAUCCCAAAACUCAUUUCUGAGAAAAUUGUCGUAGCUAGGAGAAGAAAAAAGAGAUGGCCAUCACUUCAAGCUUUCUGUGUAUGUUGGUCCUUCUUUUGUUUUGCCUCUCCUGUGGAUAUUCCCUUCACGGAAAUGAAAAGUCAAGUGUUGAUGUCAUUUCAAAUACAAAGGUGAUGAAGCAUGUUGAUGAUGAUGUUGCAACGAAGAAGGUGCAAGUUCGAGGAAGAAGUAAAGAAGAGUUUAGUAAGGAAAGGAAUAAGAUGAAGACGAAUUCGAAGAAGCCAACAAAUAAAGAGACAAGUGUUGAAGAUGAGGAUGAUUUCGUUGCCUACACUGCUGAUUACUGGAAACCAAGGCACCAUCCUCCCAAGAACAACUGA